AACGCGUCCAUGAUGGAGACGAGCUGUGUCUGGAAAGAGAAGACUGUCGACAUGGUUCGGAUAGAUUUCUGCUGGGCGCGGAGAUGCACACGGACGAGUCGUUGCUGUCAAGAAGCUCUUAAUGUUCACGGUAAAAUAGUUCAAACGUAAUACACGAAUGGCUGUGUGCAUGUCCACAGCAAGAUAGGCGAGUGUCUCAAAACUCAAGUGCUUGAAACGGAUACAGUAUUUCCAUCUACCGGCUGGGAGGAGGCACAGCAGCCGUACACAAAACUACACGAGCUGUAAUAUUGUCAUCGCUUCUUCAUUGACUUUCAUACAUAAAUCCCCCCACAUGUUCCUUGGUGUUUAGAUAAUCGCCUGUUGUUUUUAACUUGGUCGAUGAGAUGAGUUCGUAUCAUAGAGUGUUACCAUAGAUAGACUGUUUAUGAGUGUUACAGUCUUAUGCGAGACUACUUAGUUGGGGACUCCACUGACCAGAAUGCAGUGCGGUCUAAACAUAGAAUGUGAUUGGCUGGUGAGAAAACGUUUUCAGGAAGUAUAGCGCGUCGAAUUACAUUUGCCGACUGAAAUUCCUCCUCAUGACAAUCUGCUGUUGAGAUUCCCACUAAAGUAAGGACACUUUUUUGGGGCCGGGGGGAAAGCUGUAGUUUGAGAGCUUAAAUGUCAGGAACAAUUGUAUUCAGAAAACUCUCUCAUGGCUGGCAGAAGAGUUGUGGUCUUCCCCUCCUCAGCGGAGCUUGGACCGGUGCUGGCCCAACUGGUGACAUCUCGGGCUGAGAAGGCCAUCAUGUCUCAUGGCCGGUUCACCCUGGGGCUCUCUGGAGGAAGUCUUGUGUCCAUGCUCAGCAAAGAGCUGCCCGCCCUGCCAGACCUGGACUGCAGCAAGUGGGUGGUUGCUUUCUGUGACGAGCGACUGGUUUCCUUCGAUGAUCCUGAGAGCACCUAUGGGCUGUACAAGGGUCAGUUGUUCUCCAAGGUCAACAUCCCUGACAGUGGGAUCUUAACCAUUGACUCCUCUCUGGCAGUCAACGAGUGUGCUGAGGAUUAUACCCGCAAAUUGAAGGAGGCCUUCCCAGAUGGUGACGUCCCAGUGUUUGACCUGUUACUGCUGGGUAUGGGACCUGAUGGACACACCUGUUCCCUCUUCCCAGACCACCCUCUCCUGAAGGAAACCAAGAAGAUUGUGGCCCCCAUCAGCGACUCUCCCAAACCACCGCCACAGCGUGUAACUAUGACCUUUCCAGUGGUGAACUCUGCACGCUGUGUGGCUUUUGUAUCCACAGGCGGAAGCAAAGCACCCGUUUUAAAGGAAGUGCUAGAGGGUAGAGAAGGUCCAGCGUUUCCAGCGGCCCGUGUUGUCCCGACUAACGGAGAGCUGUUCUGGCUUGUUGAUGACCCUGCAGCUGCCUCCUUAACUAUCCAGGUAGAACGGCUAGGCUCCGGGGCCAAACUCUAGCGCUUUCCAUCCGCCAAAAGAAGGCUUAAGGUCACUGGUGUGAAAACCUGAAUGAAAAAACUGAAAAAUAGUGCAAAACAUUCCUACUUUCACAUGAAAAUGGUUUACGUAGGUGAGCUCGUAAGAGAGGAAAUAGAGAUGAACAAAGAAACUGUUAAGUGUGUGUGUGUGUGUGUGUGUGUGUGUGUGUGUGUGUGUGUGUGUGUGUGUGUGUGUGUGUGUGUGUGUGUGUGUGUGUGUGUGUGUCUGGAGGGGACUUUUUUUAAAUUGAGAUUUAGAAAGAAGAAGCUAUAUUUGUUCUGAUUCUCAGCUCUGAGUUGCCUUCCCACCCUUUGUAAAAUAUCCAAUAAAGUUACCUCUGACGCUGAAAAUGAA